AUGGCGGGGGAGCUCGCUGAGCACGGGGAAGCGAAUGGUGUCGCCGGCGGUGUCGUCGAGGAGGAGGCCCUGGGCGAGGAAGUGGCGAAAGGCGCCGUCUUGCCGUCGGAGGGCGAUGCGCAUCCCCACGUCCAAGCUAUCGACCUCCAGAGCCUGGAGUACUUGGCAUCCUCGCCCAGAACGGACUUAGAAGGCGGAGAGACCCCGGUGAGCCUUGGAAUGCCCUUUUCCGCAAGGGUCCGCGUGGAAGAUCCGGAAGCUCUGGUUUCCCAAGCAAGCCCUUCCACGGAGAAGGCCGAAGAAGCGUCGCUAGAGGAGGCUUUGCCACAGACAACUGAGAGCAUUCCUCUGCCCUCGCCAUCUUCGCCUCGACUGGAGGAGUCUGAAUCCCCAGGUCUUCAGGCCGAGGUGGUUCCUCUGGAAUCGCUUCUCCAAGCUGAGGCUAGUCCCGCGAAGUCAACUGGGAGCCGUCCUGAAUCGCUUGAGGGGCCUCUGCCCUCUGAUACUACGCUCGUGCCGACGGCGGGACAGGCUGAGGCUCCGGCAGCAGAGGACAGCCAAGGGUACCCAGCUGAAGCCUCUUGGUUCGAAGAGCUCGGCGAGGAUGGCGGCGACCCUCGAUCCGAAGAUCCGGAAGGAGGCGUUGCAAAGGCGGCUUCGGUUCCGGAGGCCGAGCCGAAAGACGAGGCUGGCCCUGAGGUGUCGGAGGCGAAGCGCCGCUUCGAGGAGGUGCCCAUGUUGCCUCCAGAUUCCUUUUUCCAGUCGGACGACUUGGAGCGAUUGAGACUGGAGGCCAUCGAUGAGGCCCGAGCACUCUUGGCCUGGCUUGUACCAGGUCCAGGGGAAACCUUGUCACCAGAUGAGCAGGAGGAAGUUCUGCGGUCAGAGCAGGACAAGGAGGAACACGAGGCAGACUGUCGCAUCCGAGUCCUGCGGGCCGGGAGGCGACAAGUCUGGCGUGAGCGCAUCCGCCGUCGACGAGAGCGGCAAGCUGCUCCUCCCAAAGCGGAGGAGUCGCAGAAGGGCCUAUAUGCGAAGAUGCGAUCGCAGCUUGCUGACAUGGACGAGGAAGCCCGCGCCCUUGAAGAGAGUAUCGAAGAGCGCAAUGCCGAGCUGGCAGGGCUCCGCACGCAGCAGCAGGCGACACGAGCAGAGAUUGCCCAGUGGAGCCAGCGCGUGAAGGAGCUGGAGGCAAAGGCAGUCGACGACCGCCUCCAAAAAUCGACGUCGUCCGCCCAGGCGUUGCCCGCCCGUACCGGGUCGACUGGCAGUCUUUUGGCGAACCGGGUCGUUGCGGGUUGCCCUCUUGCUGGCUGCAAAAGCGUCUCUUGGAUGCCACCUGCUGGUCAGGUCGUUACACUUCCCGCGUUUAUGGCGCCGCUUGGGUCGUUGCAAGUGCCGGCAGGGAGAACGAUGCUCACAAGCCCCGGGCGCAGCGUGACGGAUGGUCGCGCCUCUCCGGCUGGUGUCGGUUCCAUUCCUGCCGGAUCCCUGCACCUCCCACCCAGCCACCCCAACGGCACCAUGCUGACAAGCCCUGGGCGCACCGUCAAAGCUGAUGGGCGCGCCUCUCCAGCUGGCGUCGGUUCCGGUCUUGUUGGAUCCCUGCACCUCCCUCCCAGCCAUCCCAACGGCCUGGCGAGUCCUGGAGGGCUUUUGCCGCCACCGACGGCGAAGUCUCCUCCACCGAGUCAUCAAGCGCCACAGUCGCCCCAUCAGUUUGCUGGGAAGCUGCCGGCCCACCCGGCGACUUUCGUUGGCACUCCUCCCCGUGCUGUCGGAGGCACAGGGCCCGUGCUUUAUCCGGGAAGCCCUGGACAGCUCAGCCCAUCGACUGGAAGUUUGGUGGCACCUCCUGCUUUGCUGUCGCCCCAGAGCUUCAGCUUGACGGUCAAUCCGGCCCAGGUGUCGGUGGGGUCGCCCCAAUGCUCGGCGCGAUCCCCUAACCUGGUACGAUCGGCCAACAGCUUCAGCUCAGGAAGUCUACCACAGAGAGCGAUGUCUCCCUCGCCAAAGGUUCUGCCUGGCUCGCCUUACCAGGCCGUGGCCCCUCUAGGUAUGCCUGGCGCGGUGAAUUGCUGUACAAGGAGUGUCUCGCCCUCUUCGGUGCCGUUGUCUCCGCCAGGGGUUCGAGCCCCGGCGCCGGUCCUAGGGCCACGUCUCCUUGCCUGCGAAAGGCUUGAAGUUCGUGCCACAAGUGCUCCCGUCGCCAAGCCCCUUGCCGCAGCCCUGGGCGAUGCGCCGGUCGUAGCUUCCUUGUUGGUGUGGUGCCAAAGCAGACCCCCCAGCAGUGAAGCUAUCGAGCCCGAGGGUCUGAGAGUUGUGGUUUUAGGGAUUGGGGUCUCAGAGCUUUCGUAG